AGUGCGUUCAGUUCGGCAGCGUGCUUCCUCUGCUUCUGGCACAGCAUGGUCUGAAGGCAAGGCGCCAUCACCUGGUGGCCACCGCUACACGGAGAGGGUGUGUAUGAAACCUUGCGGCAUUUGCCCCUGGAACGGUAGACCUCGAAGCAGCACGGAAGCCCGGCUCGUCUCGCACCCCCAACCCCACCUCGCUUGGCCAUCCUGUGCGCCCCGGCAUCGCGGAGCAGAAGGACUUCGGCGCCACCACCGGGGUGUGUCUGUCACGUGCCCCGACGUUUCGCGAGGGGUGUGUGUGUGUGUGCAAUUCACGUUUCUACGGGCCUCUUCUCCUUCCACUGUACCUGCCGCAGACAGCGCUCACUGCGGAAUUGAUGAACUUGGGCAUGUGACAUCCGUUCUCAGCCUUCUUCAAGAACGCUGAAAGUAGGAGAUUAUCGUUUGUUUGUCGUUGCUAAGAAAGUGUUCCUUGUAGCCAUGUCUUCAUGAAAUUUAGCCCGACGAUGAUCACCGCAUAUUUCAAGUGAGGAACAAUUUAAGGAAGAAACUGCUGCUGCACAUAAAGACGCCCCUGAGCGGUCAGAUACUAUUACUCGCUUAGCACUUGGAGUUAUGUGGCGGAGAUUCAUGAAGUUUUCUUCCGUGUCGUCCGCUCCGUUGUGAUCUGAAACCGGCAAGAAGUCUCACGACCCAUGGUGAACUUUCGAGAACAUACCUGCCUAAACCGAUCGUCACGGAACAAGGGACGGUGCCAGAACUCGUGAGCAGUCACAAAACGAGACCAAGUGGGUUUAAUUCUUACUACUUGAACUCUGCGUAACGGUGUACCAACAAUAUGCCAGCUUAGAUUCCAUGACGCUAGAGAGUCCCCCUUCACCGGCCGUCUUCCGCACCGCGACAAAAGGAGACAGAGCGCACGUCAUGAAUUCGUACAGGAUGAUACGAAGCACGUCGUCGGCUCACCACCACAACCACCAGCACUGCAAGGCGAGCGACGUGCUACGAUUCGCGAGGCGAACGCCCUACCACCAGCCGGCCAUCUCUUCCGGCUACUCCCAGGCCGUGGCCCGAAGAAACGAACGCGAGCGCAACCGCGUUCGACUCGUCAACAUGGGUUUCGCGGCCCUCAGGCAGCAUGUGCCCAACUUCACGCAGAACAAGAAGAUGAGUAAAGUGGACACGCUACGCUCGGCGGUGGACUACAUCAAGGCACUUCAGGAGCUCCUGGACCGAGGUGCCGGCCAACAGAGGCACGGUGGUUCCGAGAGGGACACCGAAGACGACGACGCCGAUGAGACUUCGUACGAAGCAAACCAUGAGCAACGGCAACGGCACGUGGUAACUUCAUUCGAAGACACGGACGGCUACUACGACUUCUCGCACAUCGGAGAAGACAAUGCUCCGUCACCGGCGGACGUGGCACCCUCAACCGUGUCUGAGUCUUCGGCGAGUGCCUUGGACUGCUACGGUGCGGACGAUGCGGAACUCAUGGACUUCUGCCAGCCGUGGCUUGUGUAGUAGGCCUAAAUGAAACUGUGCGGUGUCAUGUUUAGGUUCUAUGAUGCACUGCCGUUUUGAGGAACUCAGAGCCCUCUCCAAGUUCUGGGGAGAAGCAGAGUAUGCCCGGUACACAAAGACGCGUUUUUGUUAUAUGUCACGCAUGUAGAGACAAGUUUUUGUGAUGUACGUUGCUGCAUAUUGCAGCACAUUGAACUUCUCGCACUCCAAGUGAUAAAUGUUUUAGCGUUUUAUAUAUUGGAGCGGCUGAAACCGAAUAUCUAAAACAACUGUUGAGCUCUUCGUACCGUGCUAGACCCGUCUGUUUGUUUCUUCUUCGUUUCCGGAUUUUCUACGGGUUAUAAAGCGAGGCAAUUUUAAAGCUGACGCAGACCGAGGAGCUUGCUCCGAUAUACAUGAACAUUUUCUUGCAAUGCAUUGCACGGAAUGUGACGGUACAUCUACAAGGAUGCCACAAAGUAACGAGCCCCGCUUUUGCUCAGAAACAGUGCCGGUAAAAGAAAUUUCUUAAUUCUAGCCAGCGCAGUCCAUGACCGUUUCCCAUAAUAACGGGUGGUCAUUUGAGAUCAUGUCCUGUGGCCACAUUGUAACGAGAUGCCAGAACCGAGUUCUACUGCUUUCAUUGCAAGUAAUGCCAGAUGCCCUGAAGUGUAAUCUUCGUCGUCCGCAUCCUACAUCUGUGGCACGUACUAAACUUAUUAUUUAUCGCUACUUCUCUGUAUCUAAUUAACGAUAGAAAAUUCAGUAGUGCUGACUGAUUACUUUUGUGGGGCAAUGCAAAGCAUCGGUUUUUCAAAGAGAAAAAGGUGCUCAUGGAAAUUUCCAAACGUUUCAAUUCUCUAAAUUCAGAAGCAAGUUUCUCAGGCGAGGCUCUGCUGGUUUUGCCAGUACGGGUUAAGAGCAUAGAUUUUCAUGUUAUCCCAGCUCUAAAUGACUUGCUUAGCUUUAGCAAAGUAAACUAGAGCCUGUGCUCACAAGAAUGUUUGUAACUAUUUAUAUCACUGCGCAGCUUCCGCUCUUAAUUGCAAAUGAAACAGCUGCAAAAAUAUCUUUCUUUGUUCAUAUGUCUACCAGAAAUUUUAAAUGUAAUGUUAUCCUCUAAGUAUCCUGUAUACGUCGCCUAUCUUUCCUUUCAACUUUCGUGGAACAUGGCAACCAUAUCGUGCACGUUACCAAGCACAUGGUUUGGCCAAGUUCACGUGAGCUGUUCCUGCUGUCUUCCAAUAUCAUGUUAGGAACAAGCUGUUUUCACACAAGCUUUCAUGUUCUACUCGUUCUCAAAACUGAAGCUUAGAUAUCAAUAUUUCUGAUGAAAAAGCCAAAUAUAUAUAAAACUUGAUGAUGAAUCCAUGUUUUCGUGAAAGGCCUUUAUUCUCAACAUGAAAAACUCGAGGUCCUGUAAAAUUAUCUCGUCUGAUUACUUGAGUUUGUAGAGUUUAUUCACUUUGCACAAGUCAACCAAAGACCGAAAGUGUUGGGUCACAGGUCCGUAUUUUGAAGAAAGAAAUAAAGCCGGCC